AUGUCUGGUUUGCACAUGUAUAAUGCGCCUUCCACAAGAAUCGAUGAACUCCUCAAACGUUCAGCGGAAGAAUCCCCAAAGCCAACGACAACCCACAAUAACCUAGUUCCACACUGGAGCUACGAGAAAAACUCACUCGCGGCAGCAUGCGUCUUCAGCGGCAUCACAGUACUGGGCAUCAUCUUCCUGAGCGUUCUCACUAUCCGAAAGAUCCGGAGAAGCUGGAAGCGCCACAAGCGCGAGAAGCAAGACUACGCCGCUUUUAAAAAUCGAAUCGAGGUGAACAAAAACAACAGAGAUUUGAAUGCCUGCUUUAUAACUGAAAGCAAGUCUAGUCGUGAGUCGAUGAUGUAUAGCCGCGAUAAUUCACCGUCCGGAGGUUACGUCGUCGAGCAAACAGGGGGAUCUGUGACCCGCGUGUAUCGCGAAGGCAAUAAUGUUUCGAGCCACACAUUCGAUUCCAUCUGUGCUUCUCCGGAGAAAAGGAGCCCUCCCCGCGAGAUUAAGCGGACUCCAGGGGGCCGAGCGGACUCGCGUACUCCCUCGGGAAAAGGGCGUGCUGGUUUGAUUCCGAGACCCAUUGUCGUGGUGCCAUCUCCACUAAGACAUGUCUACUCGCAGAAAGCCACGCCUGUUAUGCAGCCGACUAGUCCCAGCACGCUUGAUUCUGAGCAGUCACUCAUGCCGCCUGCCUCUGCGCACGAUACCAAACCGAUUCGUUGGGCCUCUAGAACCAAUAUAUUCUUUCCAUAA